AUGGAGCUCCCCCCAAUGAUCGUAUGGGCAAUUUGGUCAUUUCUACUUGUCUCUUCCAUUCACGUUCCAUGCUUCUUCGGAUCUGCCGCUCACUUCUCCAACGAAACGGAUCGCGUUGCUUUGCUCAAGUUCAAACAUCUCAUAACCGACGAUCCUCUCCAUUCCUUGAGCUCCUGGAACGACACUCUCCACUUCUGCCACUGGCAAGGUGUCACGUGCGGUGGUCGCCGCCAUCCUCAAAGGGUCAUCGCCUUACAGCUCACAGACCAGAACUUGGUGGGCCCUAUAUCUCCUUACAUAGCAAACCUCACCUUCCUCAGGCUAAUCGAUCUCUCAGAGAACGGCUUCCACGGGACUAUUCCUGAAGAGAUGGGCCGUUUGUUCCGCUUGCAGUAUCUCAGUCUCACCAAUAACACAUUCACCGGAGAAAUUCCAGCAAAUCUCUCCCACUGUUCGGAACUUAAAUCCCUUUUUCUCUAUGGAAACCAUCUCACAGGGAGGAUUCCAACUGAGCUUGGCUCUCUAUCGAAGCUCACCAAACUGGUCAUUCAUGUCAACAGUCUUACAGGAAGCAUCCCAUCUUCACUUGGGAACCUUUCGUCUCUCAUUUGGCUUUAUCUCUCAUAUAACAGUCUGGAGGGCAGCAUUCCAGACGACCUUCGUCGGUUGGUGAGCUUAGAGGUGCUCGUUAUCGCUGUAAAUGAACUGUCGGGUACGAUUCCGCCUCAGCUAUACAAUAUCUCCUCUAUUAAUUUUUUGGAUGUGACAUGGAACAGAUUGCAUGGAAAUCUUCCACCUAACAUAGGCCUCACUCUUCCUAAUCUCCGAGGCCUCUAUGCUGGAGGAAACCAAUUCACAGGACCCAUACCAGUUUCAUUAUCCAAUGCUUCCGGACUUUUACUUAUUGACCUUGAUAACAAUAGUUUUAGCGGAUCUGUGCCUCUGAAUUUUGGAAGCCUCAAGGGUCUCUCUAGGUUACGUCUGUGGGGCAAUGAACUUGGAAUUGGAAAAGCUCAUGACUUGAGUUUUCUCACUUCUUUGAUCAAUUGCAGCAGCUUACAAGAACUGGACGUCAGCCUUAACCGGUUCAGCGGUGCAUUGCCUGACUCAGUUGCUAAUCUUUCGACCCAACUGAGAAUACUACGUUUAGACUAUAACAUGAUAUUCGGAAGCAUACCAUCUGGGAUUCAGAAUCUUAUCGGCUUAACAUUACUAGAUAUGGGGCAUAACUUUCUGACAGGUACAAUUCCCAUCAGUGUUGGGAUGCUUAACAAGGUGGAGAGACUCUACUUUCCCAGAAAUGAAUUAUCAGGGCAAAUUCCGUCUUCCUUGGGUAACAUCUCCCGAUUGUACGUACUCACCUUAUCUAGAAACAAUCUAAUGGGUAGAAUCCCAUCGAGCCUUGGAAACUGUGCAUACAUGCAGUGGAUGCACCUCUAUGAUAAUAAUCUUAGCGGUACCUUACCCAAACAACUUUUCAACCUUACCUCUUUGAUCGAAUUCCGUGUUGGAAAUAACUCUUUUACUGGUAGUCUGCCACUGGAAGCUGGUUCCUUGCAAGCUCUUGGAAACUUCACUGUUUCUAAUAACAAGUUGUCAGGCGAAAUUCCAAGCUCACUAGGCGAUUGUCUCAGCCUAGAGUAUCUCCAGUUGGAUGGGAACUUCUUUCAAGGAUUAAUUCCUUCAUCAUUUAGUAGUCUAAGAGGCCUUCGAUCCCUAGAUCUUUCACGCAACAACUUGUCUGGAGAGAUUCCAAAAUAUCUAGAGAAGCUUAUUUUUCUGCAGUAUCUAAAUCUGUCUUUCAAUAAUUUCGAGGGUGAAUUACCAAAACAAGGGGUCUUCGGAAAUGCCAGUCAAGUUUCAGUACUCGGAAAUAGUAAGCUUUGUGGGGGGAUUCAAGAAUUACAAUUGCCUCCAUGCUCUAGCCAAGCUUCCAAGAAACAAGGGAUGUCUGUUGCUUCAAAAGUCAAAUUCUCAAUAAUUGGUGUUGUCUUAUUUCUUAUUUUAUUAUCAUGCUUCUUUGCCACUCUUUAUUGGGUAAGAAAGUCGAGAAAGAAGCCUUCUCCUUUGCCUUCUGCAGAGGAUCCUUUAGUGAAAGUGUCUUAUGCAGAGCUCUUUAAAGCAACAGAUGGGUUCUCUUCUGCCAAUUUGAUCGGGGCCGGCAGUUUUGCUUCUGUAUAUAAAGGGAUUCUACAUCAUUUUGGGACUAUGGUUGCAAUGAAAGUCUUCAACCUUCAACGGCAAGGAGCUCUGAGGAGCUUCAUGGCUGAAUGCGAAGCCUUGAGAAACAUUAGGCAUCGGAAUCUUGUUAAGAUUUUGACUUGUUGCUCAAGCAUUGAUUUUAAGGGCAAUGAUUUUAAAGCUUUAGUUUAUGAGUACAUGCCCAGUGGAAGUCUAGAGACGUGGUUGCACAAAGAUAAUCAUGAUCAGCUGACAAGGAGCUUGAAGUUUACUCAAAGGCUAAACAUUGCUAUAGAUGUGGCUUCUGCACUAGAUUAUCUGCAUAAUCAUUGCGAAACGUCAAUCAUUCAUCGCGAUUUAAAACCGAGCAACAUUCUUCUUGAUGAUGAUAUGAUUGCUCAUGUGAGUGAUUUCGGGCUAGCCAGGUUCUUAUUUGAAGUUGCUCAAACUAGUUCGGUUGGAAUGAAGGGAUCUAUUGGGUACAUUGCUCCAGAGUAUGCGAUGGGUGGUAAAGCAUCUACACAAGGAGAUGUUUACAGCUAUGGAAUCCUACUAUUGGAGAUGAUCACUGGGAAGGGGCCAAUUAAUGACAUGUUUAAAGACAAUCUAAGCCUUCAUCAUUAUGCUAAGUUGGCUUUGCCCGAACAAGUAGUGGGGAUUGUUGAUCCACAACUGCUCUUAGAAGAAGCUGAAGCAACUCAAUGCAAUGGAAAACAUAUUAAUACAAGAAAUAAAAUGCAUGACUGCUUGAUUUCAAUGGUCAAAAUCGGUGUGCUGUGCUCUGCAGAAUCUCCAAGAGAAAGAAUGGUGAUGAGGGAUGUUGUUGCAGAAAUGCGUGCAAUCAAGGACUUGUUUCUUCGGGCUAGGAUUCACUGAGACAAACAAAUUAGGUUGCAAAUAUUGGAUGAAGGUUUGUCUUACCUCAAUCAUUAGGAAGUUAUUAUCAAUAGUUUUGUUGCGGAAGAUUUCAAAAUAAAAUGAGUUUGUUAAAUACUUUUGUAAAU